AUGGAGUGUAACGUGUCCACAAAUCCUAACGUGUCCAGAAACUACACAGAGGAAGAAAAAGCAUGUUACCUAGCACAUCUACAGCUCUACUCCACUUACACCAUGAUACCCACCAUCAUUUAUCUAGUGGUGCUCUGUGUGGCUGGAAUCAUCGGGAAUUCCAUCGUCCUCUUUGUUUACUCACAGAGGUUCAGGAGUACAGCCUCUGGUACCUUCAUCAUGGCGAUAGCUGUCUUUGACUUGAUGGCUAACCUGGUGCUCAUUCCAGGAGACAUUUACGGUAUGUUUCAUCAUUGGGACUUUGACAUGGUAUAUCUGUGCAAGCUACGGUCUUACGGACAUGCAGUCACCCACGGUGCUUCAUCAUUUUUCCUGGUGGCUUUGGCAGUGACUAGAUAUCGAAAAAUUUGCAAGCCGUUUCACAAGCAAGUGAGUAUACAACAGGCCAACAAUUUUUGCAUUGGCGUCACCUUCUUGGAGAUAGCAAUUUCAAUUUUAUAUUUCAUUACUCAGGGCAUACAAAAGAAGAAAACACCAAAUCAAAAUAUUUUUGGCUAUGUGUGCAGUGUUGAUGAUAAAUUUAACGGGACAUACACACCACUGGAGAAAUACAAGCAGACCAAAACAUUGAAGCAACAUGAAAAGGAGUAA